UCCGAGCUGCUGCUCAACAAGAGCGCCUACGUCAACGUGCCAGAGGGACGGUACGGUAACGCACUCCAGGCAGCUUCCGUUGGAGGCCACGAGCGGAUUGUGAUGCUGCUGCUCGACAGGAACGUUGACGUUAACGCGCAGGGGGGAUACUAUGGCAAUGCACUCCAAGCAGCUUCAGCUGGGGGCCACGAACAGAUAGUCAAGCUGUUGAUCGAUAAGGGCGCCAACGUCAACGCGAAGGGAGGAUACUAUGGCAACGCACUCCAGGCAGCUUCAGCUGGAGGCCACGAGCUGAUAGUCGAGCUGCUGGUCUACAACGGCGCUGACAUUAACGCGCAGGGUGGAGAGUACGGCAACGCGCUCCAUGCAGCUUCAGCC